UUGAUGGCGCAUGUUCUCUGCUCGCAAGCGUGAACUUUACCUUUGUCCCUGUACUGAGAAACCAGUGUAGAUGGGAUAGGAGCAAAACUUUAUCGAUUUUUCAUAGUGAAUUGGAUUCUAUUGCGCUGUGUAGUAGACUAGUUACAAGCGGAAAUAAAAUUGAACUGUAUUUAUCGUCGAAUAGUGCAGAGUGACCAUAGAACGUAUGUUUGAAUACAGUAGAGAUGAAUACACGCCCUAAACGUACUAAUUGGGAUAAAAACUCUUUCAACAUGUGGGUAUCUACUAAUAAAGUAUUGAUUGGUUCUGUGGGUGGUCCAAAGAAACCACAUUGCCGUAAUCCAAAUUUUGACUUCGAAGAAACCAAGUUACUAAUUUCACUAUGGGGUGAUCCUAAAGUUCAAAAACACUGUUAACGUCACACAAAAGCACCCAGUGAUUGCAAAGUUGUCUGAAAAAUGCGUGAAUAUGGAUACAAUCGAUCACCAGAAGAGAUCAAUACAAGGAUCAAGAAUGUAAAGUGUUGUUACAAUCGUAUUAAAAAGGAUCUUGAAUCUGGUAUCGUUACAUCGUGGAAGCAUUUCCAGUCAAUGGACGAAAUUAUGACACGUCCGAUUUUCGGUAACAAUCAUAAAUCACCCAAUUCUGAUGCUGGUCCACCGAAUGAUGAAAUUACUUCGUCUGAUCAGGUGCAAGUGAAACUUGAAAUGAGUGUCGAUGAUGACAAGGAAAUAAGAACUGAUGAGUUACUCAAAAAUGCAGAGCAAGUUGAGCUAAAAGAACCUAACUUAUUGAUACCGAAAGACGAACCAAUGGACGAAGAUAAUGAUGACGAUCCAAACGAUCCAGACUUUGAAAAUGAUGGAGAUGAUGAGGAGGAUAGUAUGAGCGAUGAUAGCGACGAAUCAGACUUCGACAUAGACGAUGAACGCAGAAAAGCACGUUUGCGUAGACGAACAUCGCGUAAACCAGCAAAAGCGAAUAAUCAUCCAUAUAAAACAACAACUGCACCGCCGACUUCAUCUGCCGCUACUCCAAUAGUGACAUGCGCCCCGUCCACCACUGUACCAAUGACCACAAUCCCAUCGCCAAGUAAACCUCCUGGCACUAUCAAAAUAAUUAACUAUACUGGAAACUCUGGCAUAAAUAUUUCAACAAUUGUUCCAAAUCCAAAUAUCUUGGCCAAGCCAGCAGGACAGAAUGUAACUAUUGUUCCGGGUGGUCCUCCUACCACAACCGCAAACACACCAGGCAAAAUAUCUCUUGUACCAACCAAUUUCCUUCUAAAACCACAAGCUCCAAAAAUCAACUUCAAUUCGCCGAUUCAACUCUACACUAAACCAACUGUAUCAAUCGCAAACUGCAUGCCCAACGUUUCUGUUGUACCGUCGUCUUCGGCUUCCAUGCAACCAAUGAAACUACUUUUUGUGAACACUGCUGGCAGCCAGAAGCAGCAAAUCAUAACUCCUUCUAAGCACAUCUACACAACCACUCCGACACCAAUGGUCAAAACAACCCCCGCCACUCAAAUUGCGAUCCAACCAAAGCCGGUCAUAACAGCAGCAACGAGUCUGAUGGCCAUUCCCCAAAAGAAGCCUGAUCCUCCACCGCCAAUCACGCUAGCGCCAACAGCUCCAAAACAGGGAGGAAUCAAAGCUUUGCUUGGCCAGUUGGUAUCGAUUCAACGGGAAAAUUUGGCCCUAUCACGCAGCAGAGUAGAUGUGGAGAAGGAACGAUUUAAUAAUGAGAAGCAGAUUGUUUGCUCGCUUGUGGAAGCAUUAAACGACUUGAACAAUAUGCUGCAGGGAUUCAGCAGCACAGUGAACAUCGGCGAUGAAUUUGGUUGUGGCACACCAACGCCAGCAGCCGCGAAUGAGUCUGAUGUUGUUGAUUCUCGGAUGAAUGACAUCAGCCAGGAAAUGUUGCCUGUGAGUGGACUCAUACCUGUAAUUGACACCAUCAAAGCUGAAGUGAUAAGUGAUUCCGACUGAAGGAACAACAGCGUUCCAUGAAGACACGAAAUACUCUAGUCAAUGAUCUUAUAAUUUAUUAAUUACAAAUAUCAAAAGCGAUGCUCAAACAGUACUCUUAUGUAGCUGCACAGAGUGGCACGAUUCAAAGCUAUUUAAUAAAGAUUACAGUUCAUACGUUUAACAACAGUAAACA